UGUCAUUAUAAAUAGUUGUUAAUUGUGUUCAUCAUGUUUAACUAAAAGUUAUUAAUUGAAUGUAGCAAGGAUGAAAAUCAAGUAUUUUAGUUUCUUGUGCAUAUGUGUGCAACUUCUUAUCGUUGUUGUAGCAAUUAUGCCUUUCGAGAAUGGAAAACAAUUUGGUGAAACAAAAGAACCAAAGACAAAUGUUGGGGUAGAUGAAUAUGCACAUACGUUGGGAAUAAGUGCAAUCUUGCAAGGCGACGGUGGGAACAAAAACAAGGGUGAAAGUGAAAACGUCAUAAAAUUUCCUAGUGGUGGAAGAUGGGGCUAUGGUUCAAAUGUCGUAGACUUUCGUAGUGGUGGAAAAGGGAGCCGCAGUGGAAAUAUCGUACACUUCCCUGGCGGUGAAAACGAGGGCGGCGGCGGCAGAGCGGGUGACAAUGGAUAGAGAAAUUGAGGAUGCAAAUCAAGCAUGGGAAAAUGCUUGACAAAAAUAUUUACAUCCUUCAAAUAAAUUUGAUACUAUCAGGAGCUAAUGUUUCCGUAAAAUUUAAACGACAUCGACUUCUCUUGUGUUUUGUUUUACAAUGGUUGUUAGUAAAAGUGAAAGAUAAAUUUUAUGAGAGGUUGGUUUAUUAUAUCAAGACAAGAUCAGUUUUUACUGAUGAUCAAUUGCAUUUCGACAUGAAUCACGUGAAAUGUCAAGGAAGGUCGAAAGUAUAAAUCACUAAUGAAUAUAGAGUUUUGUACAUCUAAAAACUACUAUGUACUAAGAAGUAUUUUGAAAAAUAUAAAUAGCAAUAUUAUGUUGA